AUGUCUGACGCAAGUGAUGACCAGGCUGCGGCGAUCGAACACACCGAUAGCGAUGAGUCGUUAAUCUUGAUGACCUCGUCGCCGCCUGCUGUAGCCGACUUUGUCCAGGAGACCCCCGGCGACCUAUUCGACGCCCCCAACGGCGCUGCUCUUAUUCAUGCGUGCAACUGCCAAGGCAUCUGGGGUGCAGGCAUUGCCCGUGCAUUUCAUGAGCGGUAUCCCGCCGCUUACGAAAUAUAUCGCAAGCACUGUCUCAAUUACCGCGAUCACCCAGUCACCGACGUGAUCACCGAUCUACGCGAUGAGGACUCGCAGCCUUCUCUCGUUGUUCACCGUCCCCUCGGCACCGCACUCAUGAUCCCACCCCAGCAGAGUGACUUCCUACUACACCGCCGUCGCCAUUGGAUAAUUUGUCUCUUCACUUCGGAGCAUUAUGGCAGCCGCGUGGAUCCAGAAUACAUGGUUGUCAAUAAUACUUUUGCUGCCCUACAACACCUGAGUGAACAACUACGAGUUUCUCUCCAUCAGGGCUCUGAAAGCAGGAAUGAGCGACCACAGAGGCUCUACUCCAAUCGAUUCUGCACUGGUUUGUUCAAAGUUCCCUGGGACCGCAUUCGUAAGUUGAUCGAUACGGUCGGUCUGCACAUCAAUGUGUACCACCCCUUUGAGGCCAGUAAUCGCCGCGCUCGUCCUGUUCGCGUGGUGCGUCCCAGCGAGAUCGACUAG